AGAAAUUAAUAUUAGCCAUUUAUAAGCAUAUAGUUAUUAUUAAUCCUCUCAAGAUUAUGGCCAAUUCAUCAUUCAUCUUCCUAUGUUUCAUUCUUCUCUUUAAUGGUUCAAUAUUAGUACAUGCAUUCAAAGGCACAUAUGGUGUAAAUUAUGGAAAAAUUUCAGACAACAUUCCAGCACCUGAAGAUGUGUUAAGACUUCUGAGGAUGAACAAGAUCAAGAACAUCAGAAUCUACGAUGCAGAUCCCAAAGUUCUGAGAGCCUUUAGUGGUUCUGAAAUAGAAAUCUCAGUUUGUCUUCCCAACGAAUUACUAAAAGACGUUAGCUUAAACGGAUCAAUCGCUCUGGAAUGGAUACAAGUUAACCUACAACCAUACCUCCCCGGUACCUCUAUCAGAGGUAUCGCGGUUGGAAAUGAGAUACUAGGUGGUGAUACAAGCAUAUCGGAAGCAUUAUUCCCGGCGGUUAGAAGUGUGUACCGGGCGCUGAGGAGGUUGCACUUGGACGAUACGAUUGAGGUUUCGACCCCGCAUUCUGAGGCAGUUUUUAGUAGCACAUAUCCCCCUUCAAAUGGUACAUUUAAAGAGAGUAUGAUGCCCUAUUUAGGACCAUUAUUACAUUUUUUCAAUAGAGUUGGCUCACCUUUUUACAUAAAUGCAUAUCCAUUUUUGGCCUAUAAAUUUGACCCUUCUCAUAUUGACAUAAACUAUGCCUUAUUUGAACCAAAUAAAGGGAUUGUUGAUCCUAAGACAAAGUUGCAUUAUGACAACAUGUUUGAUGCAAUGGUUGAUGCAACCUAUGUAGCAUUGGAGAAAUUAGGGUAUACGAAAAUGCAAGUUAUCGUGUCGGAGACCGGUUGGGCAUCCAAAGGAGACGAUAAUGAACCAGGUGCCAACCCUAAGAACGCCAAAACGUAUAAUUUUCAUUUGCAUAAAAGGUUAAUGAAGAAGAAAGGUACACCGUAUAGGCCAAAAAUGGUGGCUAAAGGUUAUGUUUUUGCAUUGUUUAAUGAAAAUUUGAAACCUGGCCCAACUUCUGAGAGAAACUUUGGAUUAUUUAAAGCUGAUGGAAGUAUUGCUUAUGAUAUUGGAUUUAAAGGACUUGUGCCUUCUUCUGCAUCAUCAAAGGAUUUUGUACUUCAAGGACGGUUUUGGAGUUCUCAAUCGUUUAUUAUUGUGGCAUGUGCUAUAAUUCUGCUUCUUUUUAUAUAAUUAUGACUUUCAAGAUACAUUUGUGAAUUGAUCCACAUAUUCUUAGUUAUUAUUUUUAAACAUUGGAAGAAAUUGUUGUCCUCAAUUUGUAUAAAAUAGUUGCAU